GUGUACAUCAAGUCCUCGAUAAUGUUUUCAUUAGUUCGAAUAAUUUUAUCGUGUAAAGUGUAAAUUUACUUCGAAAGGAAGCAUUAAUCUCUGAACUUUCCCUUCUCGAGACGAACCUACCUGCCACCAUGUCAACUCCAAGCAAAUCUGAUGUCGUUGACGAUCCUGAAUUGCUGGAAUUGCAAUCAAGUUUCAGCGAACAACAGGCGAAAAUAACAGCCCUUCGCGAGAUCAUUCGACAGACCGAGGUAGUGAACGAUAUGAAGAAUGCAACAGCGCAGGAGAAAGUGAAAAACAUUGCACAGCGUUUGACUCACUUCAAGACGAAGGUUACCACUUCACGGCUGAAUCGAGCCAACAGUGCAAACACUUCGCUACUCGCGCCAAUCACCGAGCCGAAUGUCAAAUACCCGGGCGAUCGUGCGGAUGCGGCCACCACAUCGUUCCAGCGUGGCCGAUCGGAAUCGUCACCGAUGGAGAAGUGCUCGUUGCUGCGGCAGCAGAUCGAGAAAAAUCGGCUGAAGAUGGCAGAACGAGAGUCGUGCAAACGAGAAAUCGAGGAGAAGGUGAUCGAAAUCAAGCACAAACUUGAGACGACGCAGCAAACGCUGGAAAAAUCGACCGAACACGACCGACGGCGCUCGUACAUCGACGGACUCGACACGCUAGCGCUGGACGAUGUGGGGCCACAUGUCUUUGAUCCAUCCAUUCGGCAAGGGCUUGCAAUCAACCAAUCCAUAUCCAUUGUUGACGAUUCGCCGUGGCUUAACUCGACCGCAUACGGUAGCAGGGAGGAAAGCGAUUCGUCGUUCUACAAGGAUAGUAAGCAAAACCCCACCAGUAGCAGUAUUCCGACCGCCGUGGCCACGCAGACCAAGAACGAUGAUCUGCUGGAAGGUGAACUGAAAGCACUCAACGAAUGCCUACAAGAGAAGAACAGCAUCAUUGAUGAUCAAUUGCUGGCGGUGUGCCAGUUAGUAAACAAUGUUACUGGCUUUGAGUGUGCCUGGGAUGAAGAUACGCAUCGCGAUAUCUCGCUCGUAAAGGAGCUGCACCGUUUACAGGUGAACCUCCUUGAGAAAGCUCAUAAAUUAACGAUAGAAGAAGCAGAAACUCGCCUUCUGGAAACCUACGGUUACGAUCCACUGGAAAGAAUUAGAGAAAAGUCCAAUCAAACGCAGCAUGAAAAAGAGUGUCAAAAUCCACCCGGAGAAUGGAGCCAGGACGUUGCAAACGAAGAGGGUGUUGACCUACGCAACGCGUUAGAAAAAAUAGCCUCGCUCGAGCAUAGCAUAGCUGCCCAGGACCAGGAGAUGGAAAAAAUGAAUCAGCAAAUGGCUGACCUGCGCCAAUCGCUGGAGGAGAAAACGAUCGAACUUAACGUGAUGACGGCGAACGUGUCGGUGCUGCAGGAAAAGCUGAAGAGCAGUGGCCCGAAGCCACUGUUUCCGCGUUCGGCCGACGAAGAGCUGGAAACGGAAGCAACGAAGCUGAGGCAGCAGCUCGACGAGUCGAACAAAACGAUGAUCAAAUGCAAACUACGCAUCAAGCAGCUGCAGAAGCAGGUGGAUACGUUCAAGAAGGUUUCCAACGUGCACGAGGAGGUGGCCCGGUUGACCGAGGAACUGAACGCGCUGUCCGCGGCGGGAGGGGACGGUACUCGGCAAUCCAGCAGGGGUGAAGCCGUCGGUGAGGAAGGCACGCUUGCACCGGAAGUGCAGAAGCGCAUCGAAACGCUCGAGCUGACGUGCCAGAACCAGGCGACGGCAAUGCAGCUGCUCGAGGAGCAGAAGAACGAUUUGAGCGAGGAUUUGUGUCGCACACGAAAUGAGCUGCAGCUGCUGAACGAGCGAGCGGUGGUGGUGGUGGGGGGACCGGAAGUACAUGGUGAUAACGGUGCAAUAGCGACCCAAAUGCUCUCGAUCGAGCUGGAGGAGCAGCUGGAGAAGUGUCUCGCGGACAAAACCGAGCUCACGAAGGUGCUGCACACGUGGGAGGCAGAGAAGGCGGAGCUGCAGCAGAAGCUGAAGCAGGCCAUGGAGGAAAACGGCGAGCUGCUGGGCAGAAUCGAAAAGCUUAGCAUCGAGAAGGUUAGCUCGGCGGAGUCGAUCGAAAUACUGGAAAACUUAACGGCGCAUGAGAAGCAGGAGAUGGAGAAGUCGGAAAAGCGUGCCCUCGGCCAGGCGGACGACACCGACGGCGGGGGGCCGGCGGUCGAGCGGGACGAUUCGAAGGAAAAUCUGAACGAAAGCCUACUGAAGCUGAUGGAAGAAAGCAAGGAGCUGAUGGAUAAGGUGGAGAUGUUCACCGACGAGCGGCGCGAGGUGCUAGAAAAGCUGGACGCCAUUUCGAUCGAGAACCAGGCGUAUAUCAGCGAGCUGGAGAGGCUGAAGCAGAUCAACGCGCAGCUUUGCAGCUACAGCAUGGAGCUGGAGUCGACCAAGUCCAGCCUGGAGGAGAAGCUACAGGCAAUACACGUCGAGAAGGAAAGCAUCCUGCACGAGCUGGACACAGCGCGUACGGUGGGAGGCAAAGUGGUGGCGGUGGAAGAGGGCACACCUCCGGUCAGCUUCCAAUCGUCGUCGGCACCGGAUCCGGCAGCGACGUCCACCGACGAGGCGUACGAACAGGCACUGAUCGCGCUCGAGAACGAGUUGGCCAACUAUCAUAAAAACAAAGACAAGCAGAAGAAGCUGCAGGUGUCGAAGAAGCUGGCGUCGAACGCUAAAAAUCUAAUAACCGCAAGCAGGCAGCUAGUGAACGACUACAACGCGUGCCUGCUCGAGCGGUCGAAGUUGUGCGAACAGAUAGCGAUGCUGUCGCAGCAAAAGCAAACGGCCGAUGCGGCAGGCUUCGAGAAGGAGGAGUCCGCUGUGGAACGCGCGGAGCGAUAUCAGCUAGACGCGCUGAAGCGCGAGCUCGAGGUGGCGUCCGAAAAGAGCUCCGACGACGAACCGGAGCUGCUGAAGGUAGAGCUGAAUAGUAAGAACGAGGAAAUCGUCGCGCUGAAGCGAAUGAUGGAGGCGCAGGCGAAAGCGAAGUCGACGGAGAUGCUUCACCUGCAGCAGCAGCUGCACGAGGCACGGGAGCAGUCGCACCUACUGCAGCUGCGAGCGGACAAAGCGGAGCAGCUGGGGCCCAAGUACGAGCUGCUGUGCGCCGAAAGUGACGCCAACGAGGAAAGGAUCGAGCAGCUGACCACGGAACUGCGCCGAGCGAACGAAGCCGUCCAGCAGAAGGGUGAAACCAUCGCCACGCUGGAGCACCGCAUCGACGAGCUGUCCCGGUCGGCGGAAGCGUUGGAGCAACGGAUUGAGGAGCUGCAAGCUGCCAACACGCGCGCGGACGAACACCCGGCGAAGGCUGAGCUCGAGCAGAAGAACCAAGAGUUGCUGGACAAGCUGAAGAAGUUCGCCGCCAAUCUGAAGCGCAAGAACGCGCAAUGUACCGAGCUGGAGCAGGAAAACAAGCAGCUGGCCGAGGCGAACCGGCGGCUGAUGGAGGAGCAGCAACAGCUCUCUUCGCCGCCAGAGAACGACGACACUGCGUUGCGGGAGGAAAACGAGCAGCUGGCGCAAAAGCUUCAUCAUCUCAACAACGAGCUUCACCGCUUGCUCGAACAGAAGUACCAGCUGGAGGCGGAAUGUGAGGCAGGUCGCGACGAGCGGGCCGCACUCGGUAGCCAGCUGGCCGCCGCCCAGGAAGAGCGCACCGCGCUCGACAAUCGGGUACGCGAGCUCGAGCAGGAGCUGGAGCAGCUGCGGGUCGAGCUAGACGCGGGCCGGAAGGAGGUCGCCAGUAAGAACGCUAAGAUCGAAAAGUGCAAGGCAAUCAUCAAGGAGAAGAUCAAGGAAGCGCACCGGCUGCAGGAGCACGAGCGCCGCACGGCCUACCUGGAGGACGAGCUGCGCAUGACGCAGAGCAAGCUGGAAGACUUCCACAACCAAACGCUGCUGCUCGGGCGGCUGAAGGGCGAGAAGGAGGAGCUGAAUGCGGCGGUCAAAGCGGAACACGAGCAGCGCCGUCGCCUGCAGCACCUGCUGGACGAGAGCGAGCGGAAGCUAGCGGGGGCGCACGACAAGGAGCGCUCGUUGAGCGAUCUGCUAGCCCAGGUGGAGGCUUGGGUAAGGCGAUUCGGCGACCGGUGGCACUCUGGCGGUGAACCCGUGCCUCCGAUCGAUAACAUUUCGCAUCUCGCCGAGUGGUGCGCAGUGUUGGUAGAGGCGGAGCGGGCUAUCGAACGAACGCUCGCGCAAAAAACGCAAGAACUAGCCGGCGUCGACGCGCGUCUGCACGAUUCGGAACAGAGCGCCCGCAAGCUGCACGCCGAAAUGGAGCACACCCGUGGGCAACUGUCAACGAUGCAGCAGGCGACCGGCGAACAACAGCAAACAAUCGCCAAGCUAGCGCAGGAGCUCGAGCAAGCCCAGGGCGAGCUGCAGCGUACGAUGUGCUCAAGCACGCAGAUGGCUCAACUGCAGUCCGACAUGGACGGACUCCACAGCCGGCUACAGGAAGCGGAAACGGUGCGCAGCUCGUUGCAAAACGCACUCGCCACUGCCGAGCAGGAAACCGCGCAGCUACGGGAAACGCUCGCACUGUGCGAGCAGGCGCUGCAGCAAGAGAAGGCCACCGCGGACGAGCUGCGGGCGGCGAACGAAACCCUCGCCGACGAGCUGCAGCUGAUCCGCAAGCAGACGACGGAGCUGGACCGCAGCCAUCAGGAGCUGCGCGGGGAAUACGAACGGUGCGAGCGGGAGCAUGAGGCGCGGCUCGAGCAGCUGCGUGAGGAAGCGCUGGCGCGGGAGUUCAAGCUGAGCGACGAGCUGCGGCGGAGGGACUCGGAGAUGGACGCGAUGCGCGAGGACUACGACGAGCAGCUGGGCUCGAACUCGCAGGCAAAGGAGCAGCUCAACGUUGAGCUCAGGCGGAAGGAUCAGGAGUUGGAGGUGUUGCGCCGCGACUACGAGAAGAAGCUGCUCGAGGAGGUGCAAACGAAGGAGCAGCUUCAAGAUGCGCUCGACCGGUUGACCCGGGAGGUGGAGUCGUUGCGCCACGACUACGAGGAGAAGCUGCUCGAGGAGGUUCAGACGAAGGAACAGCUUCAAGAUGCGCUCGACCGGUUGACCCGAGAGGUAGAGGGUUACCAGCAGAAGCUGCUUGAGGAAGCACAAACCAAGGAGCAGCUCCAGGACGCGCUAGCAACGAUGACCCACGAGGCGGAGUCCGGCCGCCGGCAAUAUGUGGAACAGCAGGCGGAGCUAACACUAGCAAAGAACCAGCUUAGCGACGCCCUCGCGCAGAAGGAUCAGGAGCUUGCCCGCCUGCGGAAGUCAUGCGACGUGCAGCACACGCAGAAAACACAAACCGAGCAACAGAUAGACAGUGUCAUCCGGCAGAAGGACGAAGAACUGGAGGCGCUCUGUCAAGGGUACGAGAACCAGCUCGCGAACGGCCGGCAAGUGAAGGAACAGCUGGAGCAGACGCUCGCGCAAAAAGAUCGCGAGCUGGAAGAGCAGCUGGCAGCGACGGCGCAGCUUAGGGAGCAGCUGACCGACGCGCUCCGGCGGAAGGACGAAGAGUUGGAAACGCUGCGUCAACGACAGCCGGACGAGCUCCUGCAGCACGCGAAACUUGAGGCGGUGAGGCAGGAGUACGAAGCGCAGCUCGCGGACGUGAAGCACUCCAAGGAGCAGCUGAACGAGGCGCUCCGGCGGAAGAACGAAGAGUUGGAGACGCUGCGCGAGCGGCUGGAAGAGCAGAUGGCGAACCCGGGUGCGCUCAGCAAGGAUCAGCUUGACGAGCUGCAGGACGCAGAGCUGGAGGCGGUGAGGCAGGACUACGAAGCGCAGCUCGCGGACGUGAAGCACUCCAAGGAGCAGCUGAACGAGGCGCUCCAGCGCAAGGACAAGGAGCUGGAGUCGCUGCGCAAAACGUACAAGGAGUGCUGCGAGCAGCAGGACGUGCUGGGCCGUAACCACUUCCAGGAGCUGAACGCGCUGCAGCAGAAGCUACUCGAGUCGGUUGGGGAGCGAGUCGCGCUGCAGCAGACCGUCGACGGUAUGUCCGCCGAGUCGGAGCGCCUCCGGGCGCGGAUCGCGUCGCUCGAGCGGCAAACGAGCGAGAACCUGACGAACACGUCCAUCCUGUCGUCGCUGAACGAGGCGCUGAACGAGGAGCUGGAUCAGCUGCAGGAGCGCAUGCAGGCGGGCGGUGGCGACGGCGAGGGCAGUUGCGCCCUGGAGCAGAUGCUCCGCCAGAAGAACGAAACGAUCGAGCAGUUGCGGGCGCAGCAGCAGCUGAUGCAGCAGGAAAUCACCGACCUGAAGGUGAAGGCGGGCAAGCUGUUGCGCAAGCUGAAGGAAACCCGGGCGCGAUGUGACGUGCUGGAGGAAGCGGCCACGGCAACGACCUCGCCGUCCGAUGGGUGGGACGUGGACGUGCCGGCCUCCACAACGUCGCUGCCGGAGGACGAGUCACGCUCGAGUGCGGCCGAGGCGGAACGUGCGAAGCUUCUGGCCGAGAAGGAGGCGCUGCUCGCCAAGCUGGACACGCUCGAGACGGCGUGCGAGAAGCUGACCGAGCUGAAGGAGCACCAGGAUAGGCAGAUCGAAGCGCUGCGCACCGCGUCCCAGGAGCCGGAGGUGUUGCGCGAUCGCCUCCAGCACAUGACGGCCGCCCUGCAGACGCGCGAGUCCGAGCUGAUGCAUCUGAACGCGCAGCUGGAGCAACUGUCCGGGGUGGCCGAACAGGCCGAGCAGCUACGCGGCCAGCUGAGCGAGCUGGAACAGCGCGCCGCGAUCUCGUCCGCACCAACAACGUCAACAUCACCAACCUCCGAGCUCGUGGAAACGCGACUCGCCGAACUGGAGCACCGCAAUCGGUUGCUCGAGGACGAAAAGUCCGAGAUGGGCCGCGAGCUGGAGGCCCUGAACCAGCAGAUCCUGCUCGACCUGCAGUUCGAAGACCGGCUGCACAAGGCGACGCUCGAGCUGGACGCGAAAAACGUCGAGCUGCAGAUGCUGCGUGCGACGCUCGAACAGAUGCAGCUGGCGGCGCCGACCGAACAGGUGUCGGCCCCAGUUCCGGUGCCAACGACCACGGCUUACGAGCAGCAGAUCGCCACACUCGAAGCUCGCGUGCUCGAGCUCGAGCAGCAGAAGGCCUUCUACGAGCAGCAGCUGCUGGAUGCGGCCCCGAUCGAGGCACUCGACUACGAGCGCGCCGUGGAGCAGCCCGCCGAGGUCGUGCCGGCCGAUGCGAAGGUCCGCGAGGUGCUCGAACGGCAGGAGCUGGAGAUAGUGACGCUGAAGGAGCAGCUCGCGGUCCGCAGCGCCGAAUACGCCCGGCUCGCGGCGCACGUCGAUCCAACGCGAUUGCUUGCGCUCAUCAACAGUGGCGGCGUGUCACCACCCUCUUCCGGACAGCAGCAGCAGCAAAGUGCCGAUUCGCGAGACUCCCGGGCCGAGCUGGAGCUCGCCCUCUACAUGAUCUACCAGCGGGACAUGCGCUGCGACGAGCUGGAGCUCGAGCUACGCAAUCUGCUAGAGGAGCGGGACGCACUGCAGCUGCGACUCUCGAACGCGCUGCGCAUGCACGAGGAGUUCCGGUUGAAGUGUGCCACCGUUCCGACCGGCGGAGACGCAACAGAGUAUGGAACAUCCGGCGAGUGUUCGAUCGAGUCGUCCCCGGAGCGGCCGGCAACGGCGUCCACCGAUGAUCCCCGGCCGACGUCGAGCAUGUCGACGGCCGCCGACUCGCCCGACCUGAGCUCGAAGCUGUCCGAGCUGCACUCGAUCAGCUACUCGAAGGAGAAGCGCUGGCAGGAGGAGCGCGAGGACCGGAACCGCCAGCUGACGCUGAUACAGCGCGACCUCGCCAACAUGCCGCUGGAGGCGGCCGCCAAGAUAACCGGCACGGACGUCGUCGCGGACGCAGACACCUCCUCGCAGCAGAGCGCCUCCAGUGUGCUGCUGAACUGGAUUCUGGGCAAAAAGUAAACACACACACACGCCGGACCCUGAUGAGUUCCUUCAUAGAGUUGCCCGUGAAAACCGAAUUGCUACCUUCAAGGCCCUGAUGUCCCCCUGCUUCAUCACGACUCUCUUUGUCGGAGGGCCAUCCAAAACGCCCUGCUUCGAGGGUUUCCAUCAGGGCGCUGAAGACAGCAGGGUUUUUAGUCGGGUGGUUUCAAAACCAAAACCUGCGAGCUGUUGUAAAACCGAUUGUUGUUCAUCUGCUCUGUAGCCAUACGAAGGCGGUACGCUGAUCUUUCGUUUGUUGGCGUGUGGCGGAAAUCGUCAACCAACCAAGUGUUACACCUUCUACCACCAACUUUUAACCGAUCUUCCGUAACUGUGAACCAUAGAACCGAUCCCAUCUAAAGCAAGAGUGUAUUCACUUAACCCGUUUAAGGGAAAAGGGCUUGUACGCGUUUGUUUUGAUUGGGUGUUCAAAGCUCCGGUAAUCACCGUAUCGAAUCGGAACGGAAGUUCAGUAAAAAAAAGGUGUUACAAGGUGUAUCACACAUUUAUGUAUCUUUUGUGCAGUUACUUUUAGGUAUCCACUUCAUAUCCUAUUUGAACGUUAUAGUCGUUUUCUUUAUAUCUUUAUAUAUGAUUUCGUUUUGUUCACUGUACUCCCCCCCGAAGCUUAGGAAAAUGUUUAAUUUUUUGUAAUGUAUUAUGCGUACGCAACUGGCAAUAUGUUGUAUAGGUAAAUAAAAU